CAUGGGGAGAACGCUGGCAUCAUCUGCUAAGCUGCUCAGUCUCAACCAACAUUGUGGCCAGACACAUGGCCAAGCACUUCCAUGCCUUCAACACCAGCAAGAACCAGUCCAAGAAUCGGGACCGAAGGGACAUUGGACCUGAGGCUGGUGAAUGGGAGUGACCGGUGUCAGGGCCGGGUAGAGGUUCUCUACCAAGGCUCCUGGGGGACCGUGUGUGAUGACGAUUGGGACCUCAAUGACGCCAACGUGGUGUGCAGGCAGCUGGGCUGUGGCUGGGCUACAUCUGCUCCGGGAAGUGCCCGUUUUGGUCAGGGCUCAGGGUCCAUUGUCCUGGACGACGUGCGCUGCUCAGGGACUGAGUCCUACCUGUGGAGCUGCCCGCACCGAGGCUGGAACUCGCACAACUGUAACCACGGGGAGGAUGCCGGUGUCAUCUGCUCAGCUGCUCAGUCCCAGCGCACAUUCUGGCCAGAGUCCAUGUUGAUGAUCUCCAAACUGCAGUCUUUCCCUUUGUUGUCACUUGUGGACACACGGCCAAGCACUUCCAUGCCUUCAACACCAGCAAGCACAGACUCAGAAAAGUCAGCCCUCACACACAGUGAGGCAGGUGAUGGCAAGGAGAGAAAGGUUUAAUGGCCAGAGGUGGUG